AUGGAAGCGGCUAACCUUUCGGUGGCGGCGGGCGGCCUCGCCCUUCCCCCGCAGCCCGAGGCGUUCAGCAGCGUCCCGAGCCAGGGCGGGAUCCUCGGGUCGACCCCGGGCGGCGCCUUCCCUCCGGGCAGAGAGCCAUCCUUUUCCGUCUUCACCGUGCUGGUGGUGACGCUGCUGGUGCUGCUGAUGGCAGCCACCUUCCUGUGGAACCUGCUGGUUCUGGUCACCAUCCUGCGCGUCCGCGCCUUCCACCGCGUGCCGCACAACUUGGUGGCCUCGACGGCGGUGUCGGACGUGCUGGUGGCCGCGCUGGUGAUGCCGCUGAGCUUGGUGAGCGAGCUGUCGGCUGGGCGACGGUGGCGGCUGGGCCGGGGCCUGUGCCACGUGUGGAUCUCCUUCGACGUGCUGUGCUGCACCGCCAGCAUCUGGAACGUGGCCGCCAUCGCCCUGGACCGCUACUGGACCAUCACGCGGCACCUGCAGUACACGCUGCGCACCCGCCGCCGCGCCUCGGCGCUCAUGAUCGCGCUCACCUGGGCGCUGUCGGCUCUCAUCGCCCUGGCGCCGCUGCUCUUUGGCUGGGGCGAGGUGUACGACGCUCGGCGCCAGCGCUGCCAGGUGAGCCAGGAACCCUCCUACGCCGUCUUCUCCACCUGCGGCGCCUUCUACCUGCCGCUUGGCGUGGUGCUUUUUGUCUACUGGAAGAUCUAUAAAGCGGCCAAAUUGCGCUUUGGCCGCCGACGCCGGGCUGUGCUGCCGGUGCCCGCCAACGUGCAGGUAAAAGAGGCACCUCCCGAGGCUGAGAUGGUGUUCACAGCGCGGCGGCCAGCGGUAGCUUUCCAGGCUGGCGGGGACUCGUGGCGGGAGCAGAAGGAGAAGCGGGCGGCCGUGAUGGUGGGCAUUCUCAUUGGCGUGUUUGUGCUGUGCUGGAUCCCUUUCUUCCUGGCGGAGCUCAUCAGCCCCCUGUGUGCCUGCAGCCUGCCCCCCAUCUGGAAAAGCAUAUUCCUAUGGCUGGGCUACUCCAAUUCUUUCUUCAACCCCCUGAUUUACACAGCAUUUAACAAGAACUACAACAAUGCUUUCAGGAGCCUCUUCACCAAGCAGAGAUAAACACGGGCUUGUGGGGACCCACGAGAGAGGUGUGGGGAGGAAACUCGUGUUUCUGGCCUUCUCUAGUGAUCUGGGAGCCCGCCUCACAGCUGUGUCAGGGACACACCCUUGGUCCCAGACUGCAGGAGCAAAGGUUCUCUCAGCGGAGCAAAUGUGUGGUGAGGUGCGCCCCGCCCUCAUCCCAUGUGUGUGGCUGACAUGGUGGGUCCAGCAUGGCCCGUGUCCCCAUGGAGCAGGAACUGGCCCGGUAUCCUUUCCUGACAGCACUCUAAUUCAUAGAGUGGACACAAGUGGAAACUGAUUCACCUCUCCACAGUUUCAUGCUCUAGUCCUAGAGAGAGUCUCCAGCACAGGGCCCCAGGGGCCUCUUGGGACCCACUCAGGCCACAGGACUUCCCUGUGAGAUAUCACUCCCUCCACUCCUCAUCCACCCAAUUCAACUUAUGUUCCCCAGUAUCUAAGGCAGUGUGUCCCAAUUUGUGAGAUGAGAAUGAUCUGAAAUGUUGCCUUGGAAAAGAUUGUUCAGCUAACCCUUCUCUUCUCAAUCAGACAUUCAACAAAGAGGCCUGAUAAUUUGUAUUUUAGUAAGUUCUCUAGAUUAUUUUUUUUGUCAGUGAGAGACUUUGCUGGAUGCAUAGGAUCUUUAGCCCAAUUACAUUGGCAAUUCUCGGGGAGGAGAUCCAGGCAGCAGGGCUUUGAAAGCUCCCAGGUGAUUCCAGUGAGUGGCCAGUAUUGCCAACCCAUGGUGAGGCCCUUGUUCUGGGCUUCAAGAGAGCAGCUGUGAGAAGUGCUCCCAUUUUAUCACAUACUGACUUGUAUGUGUAACAAAAAACACACUGUCAGCAUUCAUUUCUAGGCUUGGAAUCAUUCAUGCACAGGGCCUUCCCAGUGGCGCAGCGGGUUGAGUGCAGUGCUGUGAAGCUGUCCACAGCCUCUGCAGCAUGGGUUCGAUUCCCGGCCAGCCAGGGAGCUACCCACAUGGCACAGCAGACCUCUCCUGUCUCACCCACUGCUCCCCUCAGCAUUGUAUUUCGUCAGUCUGCCUGUUCUGUUCCCCACUCUGUCUCUGGUGAAUCCUCUCACCCUCCAGCGCAUCUGGCCUGUACCCCGGUUCUUGUAUAAA